AUGGACGAGGCGGCCAAGCGGGCAUGUGUCGACCAAGUCGUGGACACCUUUUGCGUGUGCGCGGCUAUGAACUUCAAAUUCGCCAACGGGGACGGUGAGAGAAGCAAGGACUGGAGACAGCGGGUCCAGCUUCGGUUGGCCGAGGAGGGCUUUCUGGAGGUUGGACGUGCUUGGCGUGCUCGUCAUUGGGUUGACUUCAACACUCAGUGCUCCGAAGAGGAAUGA